AUAUCAUUAAGCUAAGAAAUAAAUUUAAAUUUAAAUCAAAAUUUAAGAAGUGUUUUUGUUAGAUGAUUUCAAUAACACCCAAUAAACGCUACUUUAAACAGAUGAAUAACUGCUUAAAUAAACUUAAACAGAUGAAGAACUUCUUUCACGAUGAACUUAGCAGAUCCGGAUUUGGAAUUAGUAGAUCCGACGCCGAAUAUUCACUCGCUGUUUUUACAUUUCGAUCAAAUAUUUUUUUGGGCUAAACUAGAGAGCAGAGCAGUAGUCCGCUGGAGUAAACGCAUGUACUCCUGCGCAGGAAUAUGUUCCUACGAUAGGGGAGGUAUCUGUGAUAUAGCUUUAAGCGAACCAUUACUUAAACUGAGACCCCGCAAGGACCUAGUUGAGACACUUCUGCAUGAGAUGAUUCAUGCCUAUCUCUUCAUCACAAAUAGAGAUAAAGACCGAGAUGGACAUGGGCCAAAUUUUCAAGGACACAUGUACAGAAUAAAUAAAGCAGCUGGUCUGAAUAUCACUAUUUAUCAUGAUUUCCAUGACGAGGUGAAACUUUAUCAAACUCAUUGGUGGAGAUGUAAUGGACCAUGUCAAUUCAUAAAACCACAUUUCGGCAUUGUACGGCGUUCAAUGAACAGAGCACCGGGCCCUUCAGACUGGUGGUGGAAUCGUCAUAAAAAAAACUGUGGAGGCACUUUUGUUAAAUUUAAGGAACCCGAAAAACGCCAAAAGAAAAAUCCUCCUAAACCAACGGCUGAUAUAAGUAAAUUUGUUAAGAAAACAAAUAAGGAUAGUGAUAUUAGUGGAAAUAAGGUUUCUAAACCUGUUUUAAAGGAUUCUAAUAAUCUACCGAAUAAAUCAAAUAUUAGUGCUAAAAUUACUAAAAGUAAUACAUCUAGGAGUGUCGUUGCCACAAAGAAGAAUAAUGUAGUGUUUAAUCCCCAAGUUCCCAAGCCUCCAGUUGUGUUCAGUGGUAAAGGGCAGACAAUUAAUGAAACAAGUAUAACAAGUUCAGCCGAUGUUGUUGGAAUGGUUCGAAAUGUUUGGGCAAAUAAAGAUUUGUCAAUGAUAUCUUCUAAUACGAAAACUUCUAUAAAAGCACCAAAAGUUGGUACAAACUCAACAAAUUUGAAUAAACAUAAGGCUGAAGACAUUUCUUCACCUCCAGCCAAAAUAAAGAAAAUAGAUGAUUAUUUCAAAAGUAAUGCCGUAUCGGUUCUCAAGGACUUGUACGGAAAAGAUUUUGUUAUUACAGAAGUGAAUAGCAAUAAAAGAUUAUCAGUUGUAUCCGUUGAUUCAGAUUUAGUUGAUUGUCCAGUUUGUAGUAGCAAAAUAAGUAGUACAGAAAUAAAUAGGCAUUUAGAUGAAUGCCUAAAUAAACAAAUUAUAGAAACUAUUUGCAUAGAAAAUGGGGAUAUAAUACCUGCGAUAAAUAUUAAGUCAGAUCCUGAUAGAGUUAAUAAUAACAAUCCUAACAAUGUUUCUUAUGCAAAAGAUACAAAUGAGAAAAAAAACAAAUCAGUUGCGAAAGAUAAUUUACAAUAUCCUACUAAUGAAACAAAAUGUAUUAACUUGAAUGACUUACCAAAUAGCAAAGUCUUAAAUAUUAAUGGUCAGCUAAAGGAUAGAAAAUCUGGUAUAUUCGAAACAUCACUAGUAUCUUCAGAUUACACGGUACCUAAAAUAAAAAGAGAGCCCGGCUGCGAUAAAGACAUAGAAUUUAUAAGUGAACAAAAAUGUCCAUGUUGUGGUAGUACAAUGACUAAAGCUAUCGAUGAACAUUUGGACGAAUGUUUGGCAUUUUUCGACAACAACACCACGAUACCGACAGAAGGCGCUUCAACCAGUUUUACAAAUGAGACAAUAGUGUUAGACGACGAUGACGAUAUAUGUGAUGAGACUUUAACACUUAAUGCGACUGGAACUAAAUCACCUUGCCCGUGCUGUCUCAAAAUGAUUGAGCUAGCUGAUAUGAACUACCACUUGGAUAUCUGCUUGAGUUAAACUCUAUACUAAAUUAUGUACUUGUAGAAUAUGUACAAAUCUCUCAUGUAAAAUACUUUAAUAUAUGUUGUAGCUAUGGACUAAAUUAUAAUGUUCCAUUUACAAAAGACUGAAAAAUUGUAUUACAAUUAAUAAUAUAAGUUCCAUUUCAAACAGUGUAAGAGCUGUUUAUAGUAUAUGAAAUAAGGCAUUUUUUGUUUAUUUGGUAUGAUUUAUGUUAAUUUUAUAGAGUAGCCAGAGUUUUAUUCUAGUCUCGAAAACCAAGUAAGAUACAAAACUGUUUUUUUUUUUCAAGUUUCUUUUAGUUAUUUCAUUUUACAUUAAUAUAUUCAGAUGAUAAUGUCGAUGUUCAAAUAUGAUAUGUCCAUAUUCAAAUAUAAUGAUGUCGAGGUUCGAGAUCUCUUUCUGGGUGGUCCUAUUGGCUCCCACCACUUAGUAGCUACAUUCAUGUUGAUUAUAAGAUAUUAUAACAUGUGAGAAUGAAUGUGACAUGACGUGAAUCAUG